CGCGUUCAGAGAUGAUACAGAAAUCGUGCUCUUGAGUGUUUUUCAGAAAUAAGUAAAAUUUGAAACUUUGUUUGUGAAACGUGAAACCUGUGCUGCACUGUGAGUCUUAAGUGGAAGUUAUUUCAGUGUUGGUAUUGUGUUUAUUGGAUUCACGAUGAAUAAAACUUGCGCAAGGUGCGAAAAAACUGUUUAUCCGACAGAGGAAUUGAAAUGUUUGGACAAGGUGUGGCACAAAGGCUGCUUCAAAUGUCAGGAGUGUGGUAUGACUCUCAACAUGAGGACAUACAAGGGCUACGGGAAACUGCCGUACUGUGAGUCGCACGUGCCCAAAGCCAAGCACACCACCAUGGCUGAAACUCCUGAGCUGAAGAGAAUAGCUGAGAACACGAAGAUACAGAGCAAUGUGAAGUACCACGCUGACUUUGAGAAGAGUAAGGGCAAAUUCACACAGGUGGCCGAUGACCCUGAAACUCUUCGCAUCAAGAUGAACACUAAGAUAAUCAGCAACGUGGCUUACCACGGAGAACUGGAGAAGAAGGCGAUGAUGGAGAAGCAGCGGCAGAUCAAUGAGAACGGAGAAAUCAUCGAUGUGGGCACCAACGAUAACUACCAUCACCAAAUCGAGUCAUACGCCAGUGAGAUGCUACCACCCAACCUACCACCGAACCUACCACCGAACCUACCACAGAAGAAUCACUACCAGACACCGACACAGUCCCGCUACGAGUACCGUCAAGAGGAAGUAUAUCCUAAGUACGAGGACUACCCGAGAAACGCAAACUACCAGCCACAUAACAAUCAGAAUCAGAAUUAUGGUAAUCAAAACCAGAAUUAUGGUAAUCAAAACCAAAAUUACGGUAAUCAGAAAAUUGGUAGAAUACAGGAUUACGAUCCUCUGAGUGAUGGUCCAAGGGCUGUUCCGAACACUCAGAGGGCUUCGGCUACCCUUAUAUACAACAGCUCCAAUGACAAACAAGGGGCUCAUCAGUCUCAGUCAGCUCAGUCUCGGCACAUCGGACGAGUUACAGACUUAGACCCAAUGGCGGCAGACCAGAACAGACACACACCACACACGAACCAGACUGUGUACAUCGCGAUGUAUGACUACGAAGCGAACGACAGCGACGAGGUGUCAUUCCGCGAGGGUGAUUAUAUAUCUAAUGUGACCUGCAUCGACGAGGGUUGGAUGACUGGCCAGGUGUUGAGAACGGGCCGCACGGGGAUGUUGCCAGCUAACUACGUGGAACUGGCGCCGCAAGGAUACAAUUAACCGCCCACGAAUGAUCAUGAUCGCCCACUAAUGUUUAUAAAAUCCACGAAAGAUCAUGAACGCCCAUGGAUGAACAUAACCGCCCACGAUUCGUCAUGCAACCCACGACUGAUCACGAACGCCCAUGGAUCGUUUUGAAAGAGGUAAAAAUGAAACAUGGGCGUCACGAAACUAUCUAAGACUAUUUUUCACUUUUAUAUACUAACAAUUGUUAUAUGCACAGACGCAAUAUUGUUUUUUUAUAUUCACAAUUAUAAAGUAUAAAUAAAGUUAUAUCAUUAUCUGUGGUCGAGUAACUCAUGAGCACUUACUACAUACUAUAUGUUACCGUAUACACAAUCUUUAUUACAUAUGUACUACGUUUAAUUUAAUAUAUGCUUUAUCCAGGUUGUGGGUAAAUGUCAAUUAUUAUACACAAGAAUAUGGAAGUGUUCAUUAUAUUAGCCGAGGAGAUUUUUUUUUUUUUUUUUAAUAUAAGAACUUUUUUUUUUCCUUUUAAGGUCACUUUUAUUUAAUUAAUAACAUAUUAUGUUAGUAUUUAUUGUAUCGAGUAUCCCAGAAUCUUUUUAAGUCUGAAUCAAAAUAAAAAUUUGCAUUUUACUCUCAUUCCAAGAUAUAAUUUUAUAAUAAAAUUACUUUUUUUUAUUGAGAUUAUGGCUACUUAAAUUAUUUUAAAAGAUUUUUUUUUUUUUUUUGAUUUUAAUCUACUAAUUUUAUAAGUACCUGGUGGCAUCACAGGUCGCGAUGUAAAUAGGUUAGAAAUUUUAAAAAAAAACAACGUAUUUUUAUAUAAAUUUAUUGUAGAAAUAUACAUUUUUUUUUAACUAAAUAAGCAUAAUAUAGUCCAGAUUGUUCUAAGCGACAUUCCUUAAUUUCACUUUGCCAGCUAGUUAUAAAUGCUUACUUGAGUUAGUUUAAUCAUUUUAUUUAUUACAAUCAAUAUCUGAACGUUAGCAAGUUACGUUUGUUGUAAGCCGGUCACAUCACAAACGAGACGUUUCUAAAUUUCACAAAUAAUUUAACUAUACAUAUUUAGUUUUUAUUAUUUAAAAGCAUUGUUUAGUCUAAGGCAGUGCCUGUAGAUGUCUCCACUCACAAAACCUAUGUAUGGGAUCAGUAUUACGCCGACCCGAUGUUAGUGCCUUUGUAAUAUUUAAUAAAAAAUAAAGCAUU